AUGUUGUAGACUGCGCAUGUCACAAUCACUUCGAUCAUGGCCAUGUUAUCAGGUUGUAAUGCGCAUGUCCAAUCUGUUACUCACUUUGAGCUAGUUAGCAAUAGCUAGCUUUCAAAGAAACCGAGCUAGGGCAUUUGUUCCUACAGCUAUUUGGGGAAAUAAUUUUAAACGUUUGUAAACAUCACAUGAACACAUAUGGUUGUAACACAUCAGCUAUAGUCACUGGCCACGAACUAAUCCCCAGGCGAGGACGUCCAAAAACUAACGACAAUGGUUGAUGAUUCCCGUUACCACAAUGAUCAUGACGAUCGAGCCGGAGGUCCAAAGCAUCGUACACGGAAAGGCAGGGGACCAUUCAGGGCGCCCGUAUACAGUGAACAGUUUUCUAAAUCGAGGCAUCGCGGAGGACACGGUGGGGCCGCUGGUACUGGGUCCAAGGGAAGGUUUGAAGAGAGCGAUGCCGACAUAGCCAUGAUGGAUGAUGGUUCACAAGAUGACAGUUCACAGCGUAGAUUUAACCCAUAUGGAAGGCCAAAUGGCCGGAAUCGCAGAAGAGGAGGGGAUGGAGGAGGCGGUGGUUCAUAUCGAGGCAGACAAGGAGGAGGUGGUGGAAGAGGAGGAGGAGGAGGCGGUGGUGGUGGAGGAGGAGGAGGAGGAGGAGGAGGAGGAGGAAAUGGAUGCAAGAAGUGGUUUAAAAUGAGUAUUCCACAUGGUAAAAAGUACGACAAGGAGUGGCUGCUGACAGCCCUGCGGAAUCUGUGCUCUGUGCCUUUCCUUCCUGUUCAUUAUCAUACAGAUGGCCAUAGAGCUAUGUUCUAUAUUGAGGAUUCCACAACUGCAAGUGCUUUGGCAAAAGUCUCACGAAAGAUCACAGAUAAAGAAGGCUACAAGGUGAAUGUUCUGAUGAGUCCAUGUUCUCCCCCUGCCUUCAUCACCACUGAGUUAAAGCCAGAAGAUCUGGAACACUUAAAGCAAUGUAUGGCGAAACGUUUUGAUGGCUCCCAGCAAGCUCUUGAUCUGAAUAAUAUAAGGAUAGAUCCUGACUUGGUGUCUCAGAACAUAGAGGUUGUGUUGACGAGGAAGAAUUCAAUGCAGGCAGUUAUUAAAAUCAUUGAAGAAAACAUUCCAGAGCUGUUGUGUUUAAACCUGAGCAAUAACAGGCUGUACCGACUUGACGACUUCUCCAGUAUUGUAUCCAAGGUACCAAACCUGAAGAUUUUGAAUCUCUCCCAUAAUGAGAUUAGAUCUGAAAGGGAGCUGGACAAGCUGAAGGGCCUCAGACUUGCAGAGCUGUGGUUGGAAGGAAACCCCCUCUGCCAGCAUUUUAAGGACCAGACCAUAUACAUCAGUGCCGUUCGUGAGCGACUCCCCAGACUGCUGAAACUGGAUGGAAAUGACCUCCCUGCCCCCAUUGGAUUUGACCUUGAAGUAACCCCAGCUGUACUGCCGGCGUGUAAGCCCAGUCACUUUGGCUCAGAGGAAAUAAAGACUCCAGUCUUGAUCUUCCUACAACAGUACUACAGCGUGUAUGACUCGGCUGACAGACAGCCUCUCCUGGACGCCUACCACGACACGGCCACCUUCUCCCUGACCAUCCCCUUCUUCUCACAGAACCCCUCCAAAUGUACUUUAGGAGACUAUCAAAAAGACAGUCGCAACCUGAAAAGGCUCAAAGACCCAACCACCCGAUUCCGACUUCUGAAGCACACACGUCUUAAUGUGGUGGCCUUCCUGAACGAACUCCCCAAAACUCAACAUGACAUUGCCUCUUUCAACGUUGACGUGAACACCUUCACAAAUACACUCUUGUCGUUCACGGUCAGUGGAGUGUUCAAAGAAGUGGAUGGUAAAUGUCGGGAGUCAUUCAGGGCAUUCUCACGUGUCUUCAUUGCAGUACCAGCAGGAAAUUCAAGUCUGUGCAUAGUGAACGACGAGAUGUUUGUGAGGAACGCCACGACGGAAGAGAUCCGCAAAGCGUUCGUGGCUCCUGCACCAACCCCCUCCAGCAGCCCUGUGCCCACACUGACCGCCGCCCAGCAGGAAAUGCUCAAUGCCUUCUCAGUGCAGUCGGGCAUGAAUCUGGAGUGGUCUCAGAAGUGUCUUCAGGAUAACGAGUGGGAUUUUGACAGAGCUGCUAAAAUUUUUACAGAUCUUAAGGCUCACGGGAAAAUCCCAGAUGUCGCUUUUAUAAAGUGAAGAUGUUUCCUCCUUUUGUCAUGAAAUCGCCGUGGAGGAAGGAUACAUUAUGAAGUUGACAACAAUCUUCACAUCGUAUAUACUGCUAUUUAAAAGUGUGGAAUCACUCAGAAAAUGUCAUGCUUUUAUCCAUCAGGUUGGUUGCAAAAUAAAGACUAUAUAGUCAAGACA